CGUAAUCUGACUCCCAGUUCACUGGAGCCCAGGGGCAGGCAAUGAGAGCUGCACUCUGGCCAGGGACGGCAUGAGUGACAGAGCUGCAGCGAGGCGGUGGGGGGCUGGAGAGGACAGCGCCUGUAAUAGCCUCUCUGCCACCUGGCUGCAACCUGGGCUGCUGGUGAGUUCGGAAGUGACUCUCCUCACUCCCGUUUCAAUUAAGUGUGGACAUUCUUGCAGUAGAGAGAGGAUCAUGGUGGCUUUCAAAGGGGUCUGGACUCAAGCUUUCUGGAAGGCGGUCGCAGCAGAAUUUCUCGCCAUGCUUAUCUUCGUCUUGCUCAGCCUGGGAUCCACCAUCAACUGGGGUGGGUCAGAGAACCCCUUACCUGUGGACAUGGUCCUCAUCUCCCUUUGCUUUGGACUUAGCAUUGCUACCAUGGUGCAGUGCUUUGGCCACAUCAGUGGUGGCCACAUCAAUCCCGCUGUGACAGUGGCCAUGGUAUGCACAAGGAAGAUCAGUAUUGCCAAGUCGGUCUUCUACAUUGCUGCACAGUGCCUGGGGGCCAUCAUUGGAGCCGGAAUCCUCUACCUGGUCACACCUCCCAACGUUGUGGGAGGCUUGGGAGUUACCACGGUUCAUGGAAACCUUACUGCUGGCCACGGACUCCUGGUGGAGUUGAUAAUCACAUUCCAGUUGGUGUUCACUAUUUUCGCCAGCUGUGAUUCCAAACGGACUGAUGUCACCGGUUCAAUAGCUUUAGCAAUUGGACUCUCCGUCGCAAUUGGACAUUUGUUUGCAAUCAAUUAUACCGGGGCCAGCAUGAACCCAGCCCGAUCUUUUGGACCUGCCGUUAUCAUGGGAAACUGGGAAAACCACUGGAUAUACUGGGUUGGACCAAUAAUAGGCGCUGUGCUCGCGGGUGCCCUUUACGAGUAUGUCUUCUGCCCUGACGUGGAGCUCAAACGGCGCCUUAAGGAAGCCUUCAGCAAAGCUGCACAGCAGGCCAAAGGAAGCUACAUGGAGGUGGAGGACAACAGGAGUCAAGUGGAGACGGAGGACCUGAUUCUGAAACCCGGGCUGGUGCACGUCAUUGACAUUGACCGCGGGGAAGAGAAGAAGGGGAAAGACCCGUCUGGAGAGGUAUUGUCUUCGGUAUGACUAGAAGACAGCACUGAAAGCAGGAGAGACUCCCUAGAGUUGACCUCAGAUGUCCUGCCACCCAUCAAGGAAACAGAUUUGUUAUAAAUGAGCCACCCGAGGUUCCUUGUUUCAUGUCGUAUUACUCAGUUUGAACAACACAUAGUUUACUAUUAUCAAUGGGGGGAAGAAGAAACCUAUAAUGAAUAUGAAAUGUUAAAAAAAGGAAAUAUUUGUUUAAAUAUCCCCCAAAGUUCCCUUCGUUAAUAACAACAGAAAAUGCAUACAAAGAUUCGGCCAAGUCUUGCCUUACAGAGCAUGUGGGUGCCUCUAUGAGGAAGCUGGUAUUGUCAAUCCUCACCUGAAUAUUGACUUCACUGGCAUGACUUAACAAUGACAAAAUGUAGUAUGUUACAGUGCCUUACUCAUUCAAACGAAGAAAUGUAGUAAGUUCUUUCAUGAUCCAUCCCUUAUUUAUAACUACCUCGGAGGAAAACAGUAGCCGGGGUCAUUGCUGAUAUGCCAUUAGUAUUUAUAUGACAAAUAUCUGACCGGCAGAUCCCAAUCUAAGUUCAUUAUAAUCCUUCUUCCUCCUCAACUCCCAAGAAACUAUAGGGCUAAAAUUAUGAAAUUUGGAAAGAAUAUUAUUUUGUGUCCAUGUGUUAGCUCCAUCUAAUGGAAUAUAUACAUGGGACAUCCACUGAGGUUCAGGAUAGACAGACCCAUGGAAUCUGAUGGCAGAGGAAGGGGGAGUCUGUAUCCCUGUUAGCAAAUGACUGAUCUGUUUUCAGUGCUCGUUCUGAAGUGCGCCACACAAGCUAACCACCUGAGCUUUUAACUGCUUCAUUUACUUUUUAAAAUUUAUUGGAAAAACUGGGGAAUUUGUCUGUCAUGCUGUUAUCUAUAAUGAAGCAUUAGCUGAGACAUUUUUGACAAGAUCUUUACUAGCUGUGUCCUGACUCUCUGUUGGUAUCUAAGCCCUGCUUAUUCUAGAAGGUGUAAACUGGUCCUGCCCAUCCCAACUUCUAACGCCGCCUCUCUUCCCUCGACAUCUGCUGAUGAGCUUCACUGUGAGUGUAUUAAUACUUAGCAUGAGCCAAAAUAUGUGGCAGAGAAGGCACAACACGGUUGUCUAAUUAAAAGGUGAGGAGACAGUCUGUUUCAAGUGUAACAUGUGACCCAUUUUUCCUAGCGCACAUAGAACUAAGUGUUUUUAAAGUAUUUACCCCACUGCCUGGUUUAUCUGUUAAAAUUGUUUGGUCUUCCCAUACUGUUUUGCCUUCUGCCAAUAGAACACUAUGGAAACCCCAGUUUCUUCCAUUAUAACUAUCUAGUCUAGCACUUACCUUGGACAAUGCACUGCAAAUGUCAGUUUCUCUUAACAAAAGUUAGUAGUGGGAGAGAGAAGAUCCAUUUCUGUGAGGACUAGCCAGCUAGCAAAUGGCUGAUAAUCGAGGGCUUUCUUCUCCCAAGCACAAUUCCAACUGUGUGACUUCUCAUUGUUAAUGGCAGUUUUGUGUCUGUGGCAGCGAGAUAAAGGACCACUAUUAAAGCUGAUUCUCUUCGGUGCUAGGAAACUGAUGUGCAACUUCCCAGACAGCCACGACCCUAGCGGAUGCCUCUCAGUGCCACCGGCAUCCUCUACGGUAGAUGCUGGAAGCACAAGCUCCCUUUGUGGGGCGUCAAAUAUACUACACCAGAAACAGAAGUUCCUCCAUAACUGAGUGGCACUCACAGAACCAGGGCAUAAACCUCCCAAAGGUGGGUCAUGCGCAUUAUUUCAAGUAUCUUCACGAUAUGCUACAUAGGCUUAAAGGUCAGGGUACUUCAGUUCAGGAGGUGGUAUCAACCAUCAACAAACAUGUCAACUUCGUUGGCAGGAUAGCUGAGCAGAUGUCUGGUCCCCCUUUCAAAACCCUGGCCUGUGGCUGUUUCUGUGUGCCGUGCAGCUUACUUCGUGCAGACGCCUUUAACACUCAUGUCCAGUGACCGCGUUCAACAUGGUAGGGACUGAAAAGCAGUGAAUUCUAGCUUUGUGCUUUGAUUUUUAGCAACUGGCAUAGUGCCAGGCACACAGUAGGUAAUCAAAUCAAGCAUGUUAUUCGAUAAGAAUAUAUGACUCUCAUUUAAGAUUAUCAAUAAUCUUUUCUAAUUUUUAAUUUUGCUCAAUAUUUAAUAAAAGUAUAAUUUCUCGUAGCAUCAAGGGAAAGCAACAUGGACGUGAAAACAAAGAGCGUGUUCUUACAAUCUAGUGUUUAAGAACAGAGGGGAAGGGCUCCAGCACUCUUCAUCUUUGCAUAGAAGACAAUAUGUCUUGUAUUUCACUCAAGGCUCUGCCAGUAAAAAAGUAAUGAAAUUGUACCUUUCUAAUGACAUCUUUGCAGCAGGGGUCUAUUGCCUUGUGGGUGGCACCAAAUUAUCCAGUGUAUUAGGAGAUCAGGGCUUUUUCCUUUAAUCCCUUCUUAUUAAUGAAGUGCGUACUGCUGAACAGCACAGUGCUGUUCCCAAGAGACAACCCGUGACUGAAACAGCGCAGAGAUCAGAACCGAGAAACCGGAAAGACAUAAAAGAUUCAUACGAGCCACGGAACAAUGCCAGCUGUGUUCCCUCGGGAAGAGAACAGACACGCCCCAAAUUUCAAGGUGGUCCAUACAAUGAAAAUGUGCAUAGUCUGUCAAAACAGUAAAGAAGGGAAUCGUUUCCUUUAAGAUUUGGGGGAUUUUUAAAAAAUGUAGGGCUCAGAUUUUCAAUGUGUGUUUUCAUUUUCUUCCAAAACUCCUAACUUUUUACACUGCUAAGAAGUCUUUUCUGGAACCUAAACCACUGGUAAUUUUAAUUAUUUCUGUCAUGUGACGCCAUUCAUAAAUCCUUUUCUUCAAACAUUGGAGGGGUGUCCUACCACAGCUCAUGGACACCGCUGGCCAGAGCUUCUCUUAGUUAAAGAUUUCAUAAGGAGAUUAGAAAUCUCUGGAAAACGUGCAUGAUAUAAAUAAACUGAUUUACUAGAGGUCAAUUCCAAAAAGCACAACUCUUCUAGAUGAAUCCAGGCAAUGUGUGUACUGAUCUAACCUCAUUGUGGGAGCAAAAUUCCAAAACUGCAUAACAGAUCAAAAUGCUGGCACUAAUCCUUGCAUGGCCCUUUGCUGCAACUCGCCGACACCUUCCCCAGAUGUCACAAAUGUGACAGAGACACUGUCUCUUUGGCAACUGAAUAGACAACUUAGUAAAAAAAACUACAAAUAGUUCUUAUGAUGAGACUACAAGAUAUGUAAAUUUGGAACAUUUGCAACCUGAAAGUAGUAACAUCUUCCCCCAGUAAACUCAAAGAGUGGAAAUUAUUAGGAAAGGGUGGUUGCUAUAUUAAUAACAAAACUCACUUUCUUUACCUCAAAUUUUCUGAGCUCAUGUCUAAACUUCAUUGCUUUUCAGAAAACCCUAAUAACACAAACCUUUGAAAAUUGUAAUUCUCAGAAAUAAAUGUUAGACUUUAACCUCAAAAAUCAAAAACUGUGAAUACUCACUUUUUGCAAAUAAUUUUCCAUACCUUUGAAAAUACACAACCAACAUGUUCUAGAACAAUGCCGUGAACACUAUAUUUAAGAGCAGUUACACAGUUACCCUUUUAAGUAAACAAUAAAGAGCUAAAAAAUAAACCUAAGUUGUAUGUCCUAUUGUAAUGUAUUCCUAGAGCCUUUUCAGGGUUGAUUAGGCAAACACACAAUUUAUGGAAACAUAUAAACAAUUAUUUGUCAUUUUAUGACCCAAAUCACAAUAAACUUGUAACUCAUGAUGAACUAAAGAAGAUAAAAUAAAUGUAUGGUUAUAUUCAUAAUAAUUUAUUAACUGAAAUGUUAUUCCAACAUUAAAGUUAAUGCUAGAGAGAUUUAAACUGUAAUGUCUAAUAUUUGAAAAAGUCUAUUAAAAGUCUAGCAGCGUGACUGGGCUCCAUGUCUUA